AUGUUGUGUCUCAAGAAGACCUUUGCAAGAUCUGAUCACGAUGACUCAAUGAAUGAGAAGAUGCCAACCACCUACGACAUCAAAAUAGCAGUGGCAGCUUAUAGUAUCCAGCGUCGCGUGCUGGAAACGCUCCAUCGCACGCUCUUGGCUGAGCUUAGACAAGCUCACGACACCGAACUCGAGACUUUCCAACAUGAUCUCAAAGAUGAUCUCAGGCUCUAA